AUGACUAAAGUAGAAUUUACUGAAAAAAUUCUUAUGAAAUAAGAUUUGGUUGACCAUUUAAUGAAUGGAAUCAGUUAAGAGGCAACUCAUAAUGAUGUUAAUAAUGAAAAUUAACUGAAUUCAAAAAGCCUUACUUUAGCUGCUUCAAUAGACUGGAGAGAAAAAGGUCCUGUAACAUCAAUUGUGGUUCAUGCUAGUUUCUCUGCAGCUGGCUUAAUGGAGCCAUUUAACUAUGCUUUGCUAUAUAUAUAUUUGUAAAACAUGAAGAGAUAUCAAAUUCAUUAAUUUUUAUACAACGUUCAUAGUUAGUUAAGAGGCAACUCAUAAUAAUGUAAAUAGAGAAGCUUAACUGAAUUCAAAAGCCCCACUUUAGCUGCUUCAAUAGACUGGAGAACAAAAGGUGCUGUAACAUCAGUUAAGAAUUAAGGUAAUUGUGGUUCAUGCUGGAGUUUCUCUGCAGCUGGCUUAAUGGAGUCAUUUAACUUCAUUUAAAACAAAGCUUUAGUUGAUUUUUCUGAGUAAUAACUCCUUGAUUGUGUCAUCCCUGCAAACGGUUACAAUAUUCAUGGAUGUGAAGGAUGGCCUGCUUACUGUGUAGAAUAUGCCUCCAAAGUAAGUAUCACUACCUUAAAGAACUAUCCCUAUGUUAGAGUUUAGAAUAAGUGUAAUGUGACUGGUACAAAUAAUGGUUUUAAGCCUAAAAAGUGGAAUUAAGUUCCUAACACUUCAAAUGACUUAAAAAGUGUUUUGAAUUUCUCUCCUGUUUCUGUUCUUGUUGAUGCUAACAAUUGGGAUGGUUAUUAGUCUGGAAUUUUCAACGGGUGCGAUUAAUCUCUUAUUAUUCUUAACCAUGCUGUAUUAGCUGUUGGCUAUGACAAACAAGGUAACUGGAUUGUUAAAAACUCUUGGGGCCCUUAUUGGGGUGAAAAUGGUUAUAUGAGACUUGCUCCUAACAACACCUGCAGUAUCCUAAAAUAUAAUAUUUAAAUUACUGCUUGA